GCUUAAUUUCUUUAAUUUAAUAAUAAUAAAAACAACAAUACAUAAAAUUAUAUAUUACAGCAAAAUGAAUGAUAAUACAUUCGAAAAAGAUUAUUUCGGUGGAAAAGUAUCAAGUUUGUAUAAACAGUAUAGGCUACCAUAUCCCAGCGAUGUUUAUGCAGUUAUAUUAAAUCAUAUAGACCCAUUAAGAAGAGAUUUUUGUGUUGAUAUAGGUUGUGGAAAUGGCCAAGCAACACACGAAUUGGCAAAAGUAUUUAAAAAAGUUAUAGGUGUAGAUCCAUCACAAGGUCAAAUAGAUGAAUGUGACAAAUCAAUGAGUCCCAAUGUAGAUUUUAUUCAAUCUAAAGGAGAGGAUUUAAGUUUUUUAGAUGACCACUCUGUAGAUUUAAUUACCGUUGCUCAAGCUGUACAUUGGUUAGACUUGGAUCGAUUCUUUAAAGAGUGUAAAAGAGUACUAAAGAAAACUGGAGCUAUAGUAAUGUGGUGUUAUAGAAUCAUCGAUUUAAAGAACAAUCAAAAAGCAAAGGAAAUUCAUGAAAACCACUACUUUAACACUCUAAAGGAUUACUGGGCUCCAGAAAUUAAAAUGAUUGAUAAUGAAUACAGAGAUAUCAAACCACCUUUUGAUAUUGUAGAAAGGGUUAGUCUAAACUAUACAAUUAAACUAUCAAUUAAUCAUUUUAUCAACAUCUACAAAACAUGGAGUGGUUACAAUAGCUAUUUAAAAACAAAUAAAGAUAUAUUACCAGAUUUAAAAAAGCAAUUCCUAGAUUGUUAUCAUACUACAGAUGAUAAAUCUAGUAUUAUGGAAUGUACAUACCCAUACUCAUUCAUUAUUUGUAAAAAUGAAGAAUCAUAA